AUGAGUAUUGUAAUUGCGGUCGCGUUUGCCUGCCUUAUCCUCCUAUCCCUCUACCUCUUCAUCUAUCAACAAUCUCCCUCCCUCCCCCUUCCCCCUGGACCCAAAGGCAAGCCUAUCGUCGGGAAUCUAUCUGACCUUCCACCGCAAAAUUCCCCAGAAUGGCAGCACUGGAUGAAACACAAAGAGCGUUACGGCCCAAUAACCUCCGUGACCAUCCUCGGCCAACCCAUCAUCAUCCUUCACGAUGCGCACAUAGCCACUGAACUUCUCGAAAAGCGCUCCCUCAAGUACUCCUCCCGACCACGAUCAGUCUUCGUCGGUGAAAUGAUAGGAUGGAACGACACCCUCGCCAUGCAACCAUACAAUACACGCUGCCGCUUAUACCGUAAAGCCCUGCACCAGUUCCUAGGAACCAAAAGCCUAGUAUCGAAGUUCAAUUCGCUACAGGAGCUCGAAGCGAGACGGCUGUUACGUCGUAUGUUAGAUGAUCCCGGGGAGUGGGUGCAGCAUUUGAAGACGGAAGCUGGCGCCAUCAUCCUCAAAAUUGGGUACGGAUACGACAUCAACCCGCACGGGAGUGAUCAUUUAGUCGAUUUGGCAGACGACUCGAUGGAGACAUUCUCCGCAGUGCUGAAUCAGACGUGGUUGGUGGACUUGGUUCCUGGUUUGAAAUACCUGGCCCCCUGGCUCCCCUUCUCCUUCCAAAAGAAGGCCCAGUCCUGGCAUACCCAGCUCCUCACUACCAUCGAGACGCCGUACCGGAUGGUACAGGAGCAGAUGGUAUCCGGAACAGCGCCUCCAUCUUACCUGCGCAACCUCCUCCGGGAGGAGGAUACUAAGAAGGAAAAGUCAGUCUCAGCAGAGGAAAAAUUCACAGCCAAGUGGACAGCGGGGUCAAUGUACCUCGCUGGAGCUGAUACAACAGUAUCAACCCUCACCACCUUCAUCCUCAGCAUGGCCCUAAACCCCCACAUACAAGCCAAAGCGCAAGCCGAACUCGACACCAUUUUAGGUCCUUACACCCUCCCCAAAUUCUCCGACAGAGAUAAGCUACCCUACAUCAACGCCAUCGUGAAAGAAUCCAUGCGGUGGCAUCCCGUUGCUCCGAUGGGAUUACCGCAUCUGUGCGAGGAGGGGGAUGUGUAUGAUGGGUAUUCCAUUCCCAAAGGGGCGGUGGUGAUGGGUAAUAUAUGGGCAAUAACCCACGAUCCAAACAUCUACCCUCAUCCGGAGAUAUUCGAUCCGGAGAGGUUCCUAGGUGAGAACCCCCAGCCGGAUCCGUCGGGAUGGGUGUUUGGGUUCGGGAGGAGAGUGUGUCCCGGACGGUGGUUGGCGGAUGCGAGUGCUUUUGUGACGGUUGGGAUGGUAUUAAGUGCUUUGAGGAUUUCGCUGGAGGGUGAGGGGGGAGAGGUGAGGUUUACGCCUGGGGCGGUCAGUCAUCCUGUUUUGGAUGGGGUAAGGGUGCAAGCGAGGAGUCAGAGGCAUGAGGAGGUUAUCAGGGAGGUUAGUGUUGGUGUAUAG